AUGGCUGUUCCCAACGAGAGUUCCGAGGAUGUCAAUGAUUUCCUGCAGCGCAUCCGAGAACUAGGCGAGCGCCGCGACAAGGAAGACGACGAGCGCACCAAGAAACUAGAGGAGGAGAUCCUGCAGGGCCGGAAAGAAAGGCAAGCCCGGAGAGCUGAGCGUGCACGAUCACUGGCCCUUACCGACGAUUCAUCCACCCUCAAUAUUGCACGACUGAGCGCUUCAUCUAUCAGUGUCCGGUCUAUCGACCCCCCGGAACACCUUGAGCCAACACCGCAGAUGCCCCAAACGCCAGGACCUGAGCCCCCGAUCCCGAGCGCCGUGGAUUCGAAUCAAGACACGGAGGCCUCCAAUACAGACAAGCGGCGUGGAUCGGUCCCGGAUUUCGGAAUAGAUUCUCCCUCGCGAACACGGUCACCAUUGUCCCGCAGUCGCGCGGGGACUUUGCCAUGGCAGCAACGCCCCUCCUCGCGGGAUUUCAACGUGUCACCUGGCUCAACAUCCCCAACUCGCUCCCCAACUCGCGCAAGCCACCUGAGAAAUUUGUCUACGGCAUCGGAUGAGAAUACACUAUCUCGACUCCAAUUUGGGUUCCCGAGGCCUUCGAAGGAUGCCCCUGUACUCCCUCCAUCACCGAACCGCGAGGCUGAGUCGUUAGCACACAGUGAGAAGGAAGAACAGACGGAUAGCCAAACAGACGUGGGUGCGGGGCAUCAAGAGCCGGAAGUGGGCGAAGAAUCAAGUACUGAAUUAGAUAAAGUCGAGGCACUAGAAGAGAGAUCAUCGCCGUCUCCGGGAACCGGUUCUCGCGAUAGCAACAUGAGCCAUCGCUUCUCUGUAUCAUCGGUUUCAGCCACUGGGUUGGGAUCGCCAGUGCACCUGUCAGAGACUCCGAAGCUUGAGCCUCGACAGAAUGAUUCCUCCUUUGAGGAAUCUGUGUCGCCCUCUCCAACCCAGCGGCGGAUGUCACCAGAGCGAACGCGGUCAACCUCGCCCACCAAGGGCCUGGGAGGCUUUGUUCAGAGUGCUAUGAUGAGAAGAUCAGAUAGUGUGUCAAAAAGGUGGAGUGCGCAAACUCCGCAGGGGCUCGGGCGGUCCAAUUCCAUUGUGUCGAACCGCAGCAGUGUGGCAGGUCCAAGUUUGAGUGAAAUGACCCCUCCAACUCUUGGGCGAAUUGGACGUGAACCUUCAACUCUCCUACAACGACCAGGCUCCAGUCACAGCGAGGCAACCACCGAGACAACCGAGCGACCAACAACACCUGCGGACAGAGACAGUGUGAAUUUUGAAAGCCCAGGAAAAUCAUUCCGACCUAAUCACUCUCGUUCUGCUAGCUCUGCUACCGCUGACGGCAGCGACGCCCAGAGUCCGUUUGUCUCGAAAACAAUGGACCCCAGGCGCUGGAGUCCCAACAAGGCUUCUUGGUUGGAGAGUGCUCUCAACCGACCAGAGCUACCACGACAAACCACAAGGCCCCCCUCGCAGCCCAACUGGGCCAAAGACCGGCAGUCACGAGGUAGCGUGGAUUUGGGACGAGUCAACAAUUUCAAGGAAGUCACCCCUCUCGGGCUGAUGCGAACACCCCCCCCUGGAACUCAAACCAAACUACCUGGUGCCUCUGGUCCAUCGCUUCCUACAAGCCCUAUCAAGGAUGGUCUCCCUGAGUCUCCAUUGGGAUUCCCUUUGAGGAAAAUCGGUGGUUCUGGUCCAUCGCUUCCUACAAGCCCCACCAAGGAUGUUGUUCCUGAGUCUCCAUUGGGAUUCCCUCUGAAGAAAAUCGGUGGUUCUGGUCCAUCGCUUCCUACAAGCCCCACCAAGGAUGUCGUUCCUGAGUCUCCAUUGGGAUUCCCUCUGAAGAAAAUCGGUGGCUCUGGCCCAUCACUUCCUGCGAGCCCUGUGAAGGAGGCGGUCCCUGAGUCUCCGUCUGGAUUCCCCUUUAAAAAGCAAAGCAUCUCGGGUUCAUCGCUGCACAGGAACUCCGCUUCAGACACUCCCUCAGAAUUCCCUUUCAAGAGGCCUGGUACCGCUGGAGGGUCAGCCGGCGGAAGCCCCGAAGGCAAGCUCAAAGAAACCCCACCCGAGUCUCCCUCGGGAUUCCCUUUCAAAAAGCCCAUCAGCUCGGGCUCAUCACUCCACAGGAACUCUGUCUCAGAGCUUCCGACAGAAUUCCCACCCAAGAGGCCCAGUGUGUCUAGUCCUAGCCUUGCCAAGGAGAGCGUUCCUGAAUCUCCCUCAGAGUUCUCAUUCAAGAAACCCAGUAUUUCUAGUCCCUCGAUCCCUGGAACCCCCGAAGCCAAAUUGAAGGAGAUAGUCCCACAAUCUCCGUCGGUUCUCGGUAGCCCUGACGCCGGAAAAACAAAAGAGGAAACUUCAGCUUCUCCAUCGCCUGUCGAUGAAGCUCUCAAUGCCCUAUCAGGCGGCGAACCGGCGGAGGAAACUAAGUCUGCCUCUCCCGCUAAAAUUGAGAAUGAAUCGCAAGAACUACCUGCAGCUGAAGAGUCUGAGCCUCAAUCUACUCCCACUCGCAGGGACCCUCCCGACUCGUUGAGCCCCAAACCAAACUUUUCCAUCUCUACCUCCUCGCGGGGGCCAAUUUCACCCAAGGCGAAGCCACAAUCUCCUGUGCUGGACUUUCGAGCAAAUCUACGGAAGCGAGAAGUCGUCAAAGAUAAUGGAGACAACAAAGAACCGGAGUUUAAAAACGUGUUUGGGCGCCUCAAAAAGACUGAAACUCGCAACUACGUCGCCCCUGAUGAGCUUAAGGGCAAUAUCCUACGAGGCAAAGCUGCUUUGAACAACACUGGGGGACCAAAGAAAACUGAGCGAGUCGACGAAUUUAGAAAGAGCCUUGUGUCACGCAAAGAUGAAAUGAAAGCCGGCGGGGGGUCCAUCAGACGGAAUACCGCUGGAGAGCAGGAUGCGCCGCCAAAACAGACGGAGGUCGUACCAGAAGCAAUUGCUAUGCGACAAAACAUGACACGGGCAAACAGCCUUAAGCAGCCGCCUGUGGAUGAGCCAAUGUUGCCCGCUAAACGCUUUGAUUCUCGAGCUUCGCAGGACAGACCCCCAUUGUCGUCCCCAACUUCAUCUUUCAAAGGCAUCGGUACAUCGCGAGCUUCCCAGGAAAUGCAACCAUUGCCGUCCCCGACUUCAUCUUUCAAAGGCAUCGGUACAUCGCGAGCUUCUCAGGAAAUGCAACCAUUGCCGUCCCCGACUUCAUCUUUCAAAGGCAUCGGUACAUCCCGAGUUUCUCAGGAAACGCAACCAUUGUCGCCAUCUCCUGCCAAUGAUGAGCCGGGCUGGCCCUUGAAAGAUAACAGUUCCUGGCGAGCAUCCCAAGAAUCACAGCCAUUGUCACCGUUCCCUGCUGAUGACCCCAUUGAUGAGGAGCCAGAGGCAAUCCCGGCGGUGAGCGACUACAAACAAAUUCCCGGGGCGGUCUCUUCAGCAGACCUAGAGGAAACUCGUGAAGCCGUGGCGCCAAUCGAGCCCAGCAUAGUGAAGAUGCAGGAGCCUUCAGUCAAGGCACUCCGCCCGGUUCGUCAAUGGCCACCGGCGCCUGUCGCAGAGGCUACUGUGACCCCAGGUCUGGCAGCUAAAAGCAAGUUGGCGGGACGAAUCAACCCUGCGCUAGCUGGCCUACUUUCUCGUGGCGCGCCUGUCGGCGACGGACCGAAGAAGCAGCAGUCAACACCUGUCUCAGUGCAGAGUGACCCUGCUUCCCCAUCUGCGCCUCUCACGCACAUCACAAAGGGUCGUGCCAGAGGCCCGAAGAGACGACUUCCCCAGACAACUGAUGUCUCGACCCCGUCCGCUCGGGAUGAUACUAAGGAGGUUGGUGCUAUUUCAUGCUCUGAAGCCACCCCGUCCCAGACUCCUACAAUCCCUGUUGAAUCCUUGGACAUCGAUCCGGAGUAUCUGUUGCAGCCUGAUGAAAACCCAGUUCCUGACAUCAAAAACUCCCGUUCAGACAGCCCAGUCACCGAGCAACUUCCGGAGAUGAACACUCCUCCCCAAGAUACCCCCGAGCGCGAUACGCCCCAAAGCGGAUUCCCCCAAGCACUUCAGACCCGUUCCCUAACAACGGAUUUCGACAUUUUCCCCUCCGCCAAUCUCGAGACGACACCCAGGGACCCCGAAAGCCCUGGAGAGGUGAGUCCAUCAAGCGGACCACCUGUCCCGCCGAAAUCCGAUCCUCCUACGUCCCCCUUGCCUGUAACACCAAAGCCACAAUGGGGCCAGCAAAACCGGUUUGCGUCCUCAUCGCCAUCCCCUCUCCGAACAAGUCACAAAGAGAACCAAAUGGACUCACCAAUGAGUCGGCAGAAAAGCAUCCCCGGUGUUAUCGUCGAGUCAGCACGCAGUUCCGUCUCACGGCCCAUGAGCCACCCUUCCCCGCCAGUACCCCCUAAAGACGGUGAUGUUAUGCUUCCCAAACCAACCGAUCCGCGCAGACUUUCAAGAAAGAUGUCUGCCCCAUCACUGGUUGCGCAAGCUAGUGAGGCACGUGAGGUAAUUGCGGGCUUCUUCAAGGCAUUUCCCAACGCUCGAAACCGGAUGGACAUUGAUCCCCAGCUGAUGUUGAUGCGUAAGCCGGACGAUGUAAAGAUCAGGAUCGUGAAGCGACAGAUCUGGGAGCUCACGGGUGACGGGAGACGUCAAGAACUUCCUUCCCAUCAGGAGUACAUCCUAUACCAAGGCAGUAUGUAUCUCUGCGUGCACACAUUCGAGUCCGGACGAAGCAGUACUUCGGAAGUAUACCUUUGGCGUGGAGACGAUGUCCCCGAAGCCUCGGUAGAAAAUGAACAACCGUUCGCGCGUAAAGUCGCGCGUGAGAAUAGCUCUAAGUUGCAGGUGAUUCGACAAGGCAAUGAGCCCACACGGUUCAUCCAAGCACUCGGCGGAAUCAUGAUCACGCGUCGGGGAUCCAGCUCUCGCCACAAUUCAUCGGCUCUCUACAUGCUUUGCGGCCGGAAACACUUAGGCGAGAUGACCUUCGAUGAGGUGGACUACUCACUGCGCAAUCUCUGCUCUGGUUUCCCUUACGUUGUCUCUGCUCCCUUUGGCAAACUUUACCUAUGGAAGGGCAAAGGGAGUGGACCCGAAGAAACCGGUGCAGCCCGACUUAUCGGAAUGGACCUAGGUCUGACUGGAGAGUUUGAAGAAGUCGCCGAGGGCGAAGAACCUGAGGAUUUCUUUGAUGUCUUUGCAGGCCCUAGGGAGGCCGCAUCGCACAUGUGCCAAGAUCACUGGCGGCUCAAGCCGAAAUACAACCACUUCCGCACGCGACUCCUCCGGGUCGAUCACGAACUGAACCCCCCAACACGUUUCUGGAAUAUCCGCCGUCCGGGCUCAGGUUCACCAGUGGUCAAGGCCAACGAUUGCGUUCAAGAAAUCGAGCCAUUCUGCUAUCGAGACAUUACCGAGAAAGACGUAUAUGUUCUGGACACCUUCUUUGAGAUCUACGUUAUUAUCGGCGACCAAGCCUCGCAUAAGUCUGCCGAUUUUGCCUCUGCAGUGGUCUUCGCGCACGAAUAUGGUAUCCUUGCCACAUCCCUCCAGGACCGACCAUUCAUCCCCAAAAGUUUCGUGGCUCUCGGCGGCGUACCCGACCGAUGCCAAAGCGCAUUCCGCAAGUGGAACCCACGUAACCAGCAUGCGCCUUUCGUGUUCUCUCUGGAUGUUGUUAUCGAAGCGAUUCGAUCACCAGAGGAUAAUUGA